AUAAUACGUAGGUUCUCAUUCAUACAAGCUUAAGUGAGAGAUAAAAGCUACUGCUUAACGGCUGAAAAACGUCUCGAGGCUUUUUAGAGAUUGCGUCUGUGCAUACCUUAGGGACUGAAGUCUUCUGGCAAGGUAAAACUAGUCACCGACUUAUUCUGUAAUCCCCCCUUUUGAUUCUACAAUAUAUGGCAAAAUAAACUUUACUCGAGCCGCCCAAGAAGGAACCAAGACCAUUAAUGCAUCAAAGGGCCGGGGGUUAAAUGCGCUACAGAAUUAACUGACAACGGAGGGCACGAAGCUGCUUGGCCGGAACGCCACCGGCGGUCGGGAUGUGUAGUGGGUCGAUAUGGGAGGUAAUUAUGGGAGGCAGUAACGGACGACCGGCGAUUAGAUUAUGAGAAGGCAGGCCCCACCACCGAGCUACCCCACGAUCUAAAUUUACGGCCACGAAACGCUACCACUACCUGCCUACCAACUUCAUCAUCCUCCUCCUCCACACUCCCUCCACACUCGUGAUAACAACAUUCACUACCACCUCUCUUCCCUCCAGCACUGAAUCGACAUAUCUACAAGGCAUCGAUCGAGGCACAGAAAAGGACGAGUUAAAGGAGCAAGUUUCAGUUUUUGAGGGAGGAAGCAAAGCAAAGCAAUCAAUCAAUCAAUCAAUCACCAUGUCGCACGCGAGGAUAGAAGAAGUAUCCGACAGCGACGACGACGUCUCUGAUCCCAGCGAGGGCGAUAUCGACGACUUCAAGGACUCGGACAUUCUGCGCGCCGUCCCAUCCAGACCAGCGCCAUCCUCCUCCUCAUCAUCUCAACCCCAGACCCGAAAUCCUCCUCAACAGCAGCACACCUCCCAACAAGCCCCUCAACCCGGGCUGCAACCCAACGACAUCAAAGACUACCAGAUGCUGUACCCCGUGUACUUCGACGCGACGCGCACGCGUGCCGAAGGCCGGCGCGUACCAGCCAACCUGGCCGUGAAGAACCCCCUGGCCCGCGAAAUCGCCAACGCCUGCGCGGCGCUGCGUCUAUCGCCCGUCUUCGAGGCGCACCGCACGCACCCGAAGGACUGGGCGAACCCAGGCCGCGUGCGCGUCGCGCUGAAGGAGGCGCGCGCGCGCAACCACCCCGUGAAGAACAAGCACCACUUAUACGUCGUGGUGGCCAAGUAUCUGCAAGAGCACCCGACGACGGACGACUCGCCCGCUCUGCGGCAGGGGAUGCGGGGACUAGGGCUGGGCAGCCUGGGGGGUGCGGGAGAUGUCUAUGCUGACGGCAAGCCGUGGCCGCGGUCCGCGGUGCCCAAGGGGUGGAAGAUGGGGGAGCUGCUCCCUGCUUACUCGGCUGCCAUGACGGGCGGUGGAGUCAGCGAGAAUGCCUUCAAGGAUAUGAUGCGUGAGAUGCAGGGCGGAGGAGGACCCGGCGGAAUGCCUGGUAUGCCGGGCAUGCCUGGCAUGAAUGCUGAUAUGAUGAGCAUGCUGCAGAACAUGGGGAUGGGCGGCGGCGGCGGCGGACCUGCUAUUGGUGGAAGUGAGGGCGGCGGGAAGAAAGGAAAGAAGGGUAAGCGGUGAACGAAACUGUACGAUUUCUGACUCGAUGUUACCAAACUAUGGCUUGACCCAGACGAAAGUCAUUCUACGAUGAGCACAUCGCUUGCUUAAGGCUAGCUCUCUGAUGAUCGUAUAUGACGCACAUUAGCUUGUCAAUGAAUUACAGCAUGUCACAAAGAACAACUCAAAAAUCCCUCUCAAUCAGAGUAAACGAUGAAGCAA